CUGCUAAAAACAGCUACAUUUUCUACUGUACUCGUUUUAGUAAGUUCACUCAUUCACUCAAUACUUCCAGAGACAGAGAGACGGGUAAAGAUUUUUAUGGAUUCUUUCCCAAACGAACAGAAUCUGCCAACAUAAUUACAAAUCAAAUACGCCAUAAAAAGCAUCACAAAGAUUGGAUCACAGCUAUAUUUUUCAUCCCAGUCCGUGAUCCCUUCAGUCGGUGCUUUCACUUUUUCUGAUUUCAUUGCUCAAAAGGGCCUCGCCAAGUUCCCGUUUUUUUGUUGCUCUGAGUCCCCAACUCCCCCAGGUUUUCAUUUUGGUGGCUAAAAAGGAUGGGAAAGUACAUGCUAGCUCUUCAUCUCUGGCUGAUCGAGAUUUGAAACUAUGAUCUCGAAAAUUAUUAGUUUAUCCAUGUUGUUGGUGCUUAAUGUUGGCCUUGCUGGAGUUCGAUAUUAUGUCCGCAAAGGCUAAAGCUUUUCUGAACUUUUUUAAUAUUGGUUCACUUAGUUACCAAGGCGGGACACUGCAUUUUGUUAUUUUAUUGAUGCCAUAGUGUAUCACAGUCUUUCAGUUUACAGAAAUAUUUCAACAAUGGAUAAGGAAGUGUCAUAUCAAAGGGAAGAUGUAAAUGUCAUGAUUUCUUCACCUGGUGAGAUGGGAGGGCCAGCUUGUAGGGUGUGCCAAUGUACAGAAAGUGAUAAAAUGGGGGAUGCUGUAUUAGGUUUCUUGGGCAUUCUUUCACCAUCAAUGGAUGGGCACUGUUGCAACCAGGCCAUGAAGCUUGAAGAUGAAAAUGCUUCACAAGAUCGUGAAAAGGACUCAUAUAGCAGAAAUGUAAAGAAAAAAUCUGAAGUUGUUGAAUUUGUUAGUCCCAAAGGGGAGGUUUUUAUCUGUAACGCUGAUGUUGAAAUGGGGUACGCUGAGAGUGAAGACAAACUUUUGGAACUUGGUUGUUCUUGCAAAAAUGACCUUGCUCUAGUUCACUAUGCAUGUGCCCUUAAGUGGUUUGUAAACCAUGGAUCAACAGUUUGCGAGAUCUGUGGUUGUGUUGCAAGCAAUAUUAGUACUUCAGAUAUCAAGAAAGUUAAGAAUGCUUUGAAGGAAUAUGAAGCACUGAGGCAAAAAACAGUGAAUGGCGUACCUAUUCAUGCACAAGUACAACGGAAUUCAGGUGUGGAUCCUGAUGCUGUGGCUGCUAUUCGAAGACUACGGCUUAGUGAAAUCUCAUUAUGGUUUAAUCCUAAUAAUAACUUGUCAUCGUCACUUGUCCAUGGUGUCAAUGAGCAAUCUUCUACUUCCAGUCCUGGGGCGGAAGAACUUGUAUCCAAUGAGAAUACUGCAGCCAAGUGGGUUGUUGAGGGUACUGGAAUUCUUCUGGCAACUGGAUUGCUGACUGUUACCCUGGCAUGGCUCAUUGCUCCUCAUGUAGGAAAGCGAACAGCAAAAAAUGGUCUGCAUAUACUUCUCGGAGGCGUUUGUGCUUUAGCAGUUGUUAUCUUCUUUCGCUUUGUAAGUUAUAUCAUGUACUUUGGCCUUUUCUAUUCUGUCACAUGCAUUUCCAGUCCUUGUCUGAUUUCAGUUGUGUGGAAAGCUACGUGAGUAUGCGCUUUGAGAAAGCUUAUUAUGCUUACCGCUGAUGACCUGCCAUCGAUAAUAUGUUGUACCUGAACCCAAACCUGCUAAAUUGGCAAGCAAAAAAUUACUGAAGUGAGUUAGUUUAAUGUUACGCUGUAAAAUCUUUGGUUGGCUACAUAAUACUUGAAUUGUAAUAGUUUUGAACUGAUAAUUUCUUGCUAAAUCCUUGAGCUGAGGAAACGGGUUGUUUAUAGAGUUAACUUUGCUACUCUUUGUAAAGUAUUUAAAACCAAAAAAAAGAGUUUUUAUGGAGGAAACUAGGUGCUUAAAAUACAUGAUUAACUUUGUCACUGUUCGUGAAAGUAUUUAAAACCAGAAAGGAGCGUUUAUUUUAUAAGAGUAAAGCACCGCAAGUGAUCAUUCACCACUUUGAGUCAAAAGCAGGAAUGGAUUCUUAACCAUUGAAGGGCUGUACAUUUGAGUGGUUCAAUUUAUGUUCAAAUGGCAUUCCACUUUAAGCUUGAUUUGUGCUAUAUAUAUAUAUAUGCAUUGUCGUUGGAGCCAUUUAAACUUUCUGGAAAUGAUAUAAAACCCAUGAUGAGGUUGAUGAAAGAAGCCAAUGUGAAUGAUUGGAUUGAAAAAUUGACCAUUCUUCAUUUUGUUUGCCUUUAGAUAUAAAUAAACACUUACGUGACCAGAUCUGUAGCAUUAUCAACUUUGUGAUUACAUACUGCGAGUGAUUAAGUUUAUGUUGUUUUCUUGAUGCUCUUUUGACCUAACUUCCAUUAUUUUUCCAUAUGUGUGUAGUUUGUGCUGACAAGAAUCAAGUACGGACCAGCACGUUAUUGGGCAAUCUUGUUUGUAUUUUGGUUUCUUGUAUUUGGUAUAUGGGCUUCAAGAGCGCAUGGCGCCCAUUCAACAUGACCUGUUUGUAAUCUAUUUUUCCAUUAUCGUGGAAUUCUAAUACUGCAGAGUGCAGAGAUAGUUGGUUUUCCUUUUUCCUGUGGAGUAUGGUAUAUUGCUCUUCAGGAAGUAGCUAGGCAUAUAUAUUCAAUUUGAUCGCUCGGGGAAGGUACAAUUUGUAGGUAGUGUUGGCUGCUAUAUUCUAUUAUAUAUUUAGUGAAAUAACUUAUCAGAAAUGUCAUGAAGUUGUUAUUGGUAUUUCCCAUGUUUCUUUCAGAGCCAAUUUACUUGGGAAUGAUCAAAACUGUUUGGUGGUGAAAUUUGAGUAGAAUUCCCAGCUAGUAGUUGCCUUUGUUUUCUCGCUUUUUGGAGAAUGAUGUCCAUGCUUUCCUUCUCAAAAUGUGCUGUUGGGU